AUGCUGAGUCGAAGAUCUUUCACACUGCUGCUCAUCGGCUUGGGAGUAUCCAUGUUCUCAGUCGUGGAUGUGAGUGGAGCACCAUCCGGGAAGAAUGAUAAUGGUCGCAAAAACGGUUAUGUGCCUCCAAGCAAGCCAAAUCCACCAAAAAAAUAUGCCAAACCUGUUAUGAUGGAUCCGGCUUAUCAAACCAUGGAAGCAAAAACAAAAGUUCCGGAGCCUGUAUCUGACCUGGAUCAAAAUGAUUCAACGCUUAUUUCAGUAAAAGAUCAAAUCGGAAAAAUUGACGAUCAUGCAAAGAAGAACGGCUGGGUGUCUCCGAACAAAUCUGCUUCAACAGAAUCAACAAAAGUUCUUAAGCCUGUAUCUGAAUCGAAUGUUUCAGAGCCGGAAACAGUUCUAGAGCAUUUAUCUGAACCGGAUCACAAUGAUUCAAUCCCAAUGCCUAUUUCAAUAAAAGACCAAGACGGAAGAAUUGAUUACUCUGCCUUGGAAGCAAAAGCGAAAAGACAAGGAUGGGUUAAUUUGUGGAAUCCACAAGGUGGACUUUAAACUUAACCGAAACAGACAAAUUCUGUUGCAAUUUAUCCUUAUUCAUACUACUUGUACUAC